GCUGCGGCGCGGCGCGGCGCGGCGCGGGGCGCGUUCGAGUGCACGGGAAAAAAAAACGUUAUUUCUGGUCGCGUAGGCGAGCAGACCAGGGUGACAUGGUGGCGAGGGAAUGGCACCCUGGCCGACAGCGUGCAGCAGCCACCGUCGACCGAGCGGUUCGUCCUGUAUAGCAACGGCAGCCUGCGAGUCCUUGACGUGCAGCGGGAGGACAGCGGGGAGUAUGUGUGCCAGGUGAUCCGACCGUCUCCCUUGGGACACGUCACGCAAGUACUCAAGAUCGAAGUGAUGUAUCCACCGAGCGCGGAGACGGUGCCGGCGUCCGGCGAGCUGGAGGUCAAUCUCGGGGAGAGGGUGGAAAUGCAAUGCGUGACCAAGGGUGUACCGGCCCCCAUCAUAAGUUGGAGGACGAAGGACAGGGAAAUCCCAUUAUUGGACGAACGACCGGUGUUGAGAUUUCACGCCGACUCUCGGAACCUCUCCGGCAGGUACACCUGCGUCGCCAAAAACGGCAUCGGCGAUCCCGCGGAGGCGCACGUAGACCUGCGUAUCAGAUGUGAGUCCCGGCUUGCUCCAAGCUGGCGCGCCUGUAAUCUCGCUACACAGCAGCGCGCGCGUGCUCGAUUAUUAAGUAACUGUGUUACCGGGCUUUCGUUUCGGGAGCACCCGCGAUUAAUCGAGUUUAAUUACGACCGCCCGUACCGAGGACGAUCAUGCAAAUCGCGCCCUACUCUUCGCGCCACGUAGCAGCGCAAUUAAGAAAUUGCCGCAGAUUGCUCCCUUUAGUAUUCCAAUCAAACGCAUGAGCGAGUCAAUUAUGCUGAUUGUACAGUUGCCACGAGUGUUUUGCAGAUGUUAAUCAACCCUCGCGAUGCGCUAACGGCCCUUUCGCUUUCGCGAUAUCGAAGCCGAGCCUUACGCGCGCGUUUCAGAAGCGCCGCUUUAAAGACGCGAACAACACGCUCGUGCAUGUGUAGGCGCUUUAAUGUGUGAUUAAAUAGCUUAGGGUAACUUCGACUAAACUCCGGCAAACUCCUUAACUUAUCAGACGUAUUUGUACCCGUCCUAUUUUGUUGACGUGGAUCCAAUUAUUAAUUUCUUGUGUAAAGCACGGGAAAGAAAAGAUUAGCUCGUGAACGACGAAUUAUACAGCAUUAAAAUUUCGCUCUAAGCGAUUCUGCCGGUUUCGAUUAAUCGAGUCAAUCGAAAUCGCCCUAAGUGAGGCAAUUAAACUCGAACGAAUGUUGAUCGCGAUCGGGAUUUCUUACGAUACUCUACGUUGAAUGCACAAAACUAUGAAGUAUGUAUAAGGAGUACGAACACAGUCUAUCUACACGUAUAACUUGCUUGCGGCCAUAGACAUAGUAUAUAUAGACUGAGCGUCCCAUUGAAUAAGCUGACGCUU